AGUUUAGUGUGCAGUGGGAUGCGCUAUAUUUUUGUCUUGGCAUAAGGACACAUGACAACUCUGACGUGUUUUAUUCCGUGUUGAUUAUCUCAGGUAGAAGUGUGCCUUUUACCCUGUGUUCAGAAAAGAACUGCAGGUAUAAAAAAAUACAUAAAAAAUAAAAAUGAGUGAACCGGACCAUGGAACGUUCUUUACAACUCGAAGGAUUAGUGGUGUGGAAAAUCUGGUGAUUCCAAUGAGAAAUGGUCUUUGCAGCCAGAAGUAUAAACCUGUUGACUACAAACAUUUACAUGAACUUGCUGCGGCAGAAAAAAUGGCAUCUGCAAAAAUUCAAUUAAAGAUUAAAAAAGCAGAGCAAGUUUCAAAAAUUAGCAAAGAGCAAAUGCUGCUGAAACAGCAUCAGCAAGUGUGGUGGCAAGAGCAUAAAAGACUGAGGGAGAACAGGGAAAAAGCAGAAGCAGAAAUAAAGACUUUUCUUGAUGAAGAAAGCCAUAAGCACAACUUUUUUUUGGAUAUGAGAGACUUGGAGCAUAAAUUAUCAAAGGAGCGGGAUACAUACCAAACAAAUACUGUAGUUCCGAUCUGGCAACUGAAAGAGAAUUUGAAACUCAGGCUGUCUGAGAUGCAGUGUCACCUCUCAGAAGAAUCUUGUCUGAAAUCUAAGAUCAAUCCAGUUGAGAUGUUACAGCAGGUCCAAUUUGUGAAGAAGCAACAGAAGGCAGAUUUGGAAUUCCUUAUCCUUGAAAGUCUGGCUUUGGAAAGAGAGCUUGGAGACUAUAAAACCAAAGCUCUAGCACAUUCUUCUGAAGAGAAAAAUGGACGUUUCCUUGAAGUCCCUUCAGCACUGCUGUCUUUGGAGUGCCCCUAUCCUGAUCUGAAGAGCUUGGUUAUCGAUGAAUACCGACGGCUCGCGAGGGGGUACUGGUCGAGGCUGCGAGAGCUUGAUCAGCAGCUGGACGCUUUGUUUAGGAACAUUGAAUGGAAGGAAGAAGAUCAGUGGGUUUUUCAGACUGUUACCAGUCAGUACCCAAGGGAUCUUCAGAGGAGGAGGACUUUGUACCUCGACGUGCUGCAGAGAUACCUUCCUCACAAGUCCAGGCGUGAUCUGGUUCUUCAUGAGAAAGCUCGGGAUCGUUACCACUUCAUUAGGAGCCAGCGCAGAGCCUUGAUAUUAGAUUGGGCACAAGCUAAGAAAGCCUUUUUGCUUAAGGGAGCGAUGACUCUUGCUGAAGCCUCUGCUGCUCAUGAGGCAGAAGUACUGCUGGCUAAUACCAGACAGAAGCAGCAGGAGAUCUGUGCAGAUCUGAAAGCAAAGGUUCUACAGUGGAAAGCACAGCAGGAAGAGGCUGCGCAACUAGAAGCUGCCGUAGCUGCCAGAAGAAAGGAGAAGAAAGAUGAGGAAGAAAGACUACAGAAAGAACAGGAGAUGACUCGUAGAGCUCAGGAGAAAGAGAAAGUGAAAAAGUACUGGGCUGAGAAACAGCUCAAGUGGCAAGAACAGGAAAAGAAAGAUCUACAACGUCUGGAGGAAUUAAGAAAAUUAAUGGCUGAACAAGCAGUUAAAGACAGAGAAAGGGUAAAAUUCAGACAAGCGUUACUAGAAAAACGGUUGCUGGAGAAAAAGGAGCUGGCCCUUCGAGCAGCACGUGAAGAGGAGGAAAGAGAGAAAUGCCUUGAAGCACUCCGGCAACAGGUCGCCGUUGUUGCAAAACUGGAUCCAGCCAGAGUAGUGGCUGAUACGGUGGCAUCUAAAGCUCGGAUGGGCGUUGGAACCAACGAAGAGUUUGACCUCCAGAAGCCGCUGUUUCAGCUGCAUACGUACAGUGAGCGGCAGAUCAUUUCUGACCCCAGACUUCGUGUUGAGCUAGCUCUUCGAGAAGCUGGACUUCACAAAACACUUUAUGCAAAAGAGAUUUUGCCAAAAAUUCCUCCAUUGAAGCUCCCAAGAAGAGAUAUGGAAUCUACAGCUUUUAAAAUGUAGAGCGCCUCUCGUACCAGGAGUGGAGAAGUUUCAGGGGUGUUGUCUUGCCUAUAAUGUGAACACUUUAAAUAAAUUUCCCUUAGGCUGUGUCACAGA